CUCGCAGUCGACAUUUACGUGCAUGCCUACUUGCUAGUAUGACGUUUGACGUGACGGAUGUGUAAUACGAUAGAUUGCGCAUAAAAGUAAAUUAUAAAUAUUUCCAUGUUUUACUCUUAAGAAUCAAGAAAGUAUGGCAAAAACAAAAGUGACCGGCGCCACUAGCAGGCUAAAGCAAGACUACUUACGGCUAAAAAACGACCCAGUGCCAUACGUUACUGCGGAGCCUGUGCCGUCAAAUAUUCUGGAGUGGCAUUAUGUAGUACGAGGACCCGAGAAAAGUCCAUACGAAGGUGGUUACUACCAUGGGAAAAUCAUAUUUCCCCGGGAGUUUCCGUUCAAACCGCCGUCGAUCUACAUGAUCACGCCCAACGGGCGCUUCCGAACCAACACACGUUUGUGCCUCAGCAUCACGGAUUUCCACCCCGACACUUGGAAUCCGGCGUGGUCUAUUUCGACCAUCCUAACGGGCCUGCUAAGUUUUAUGCUAGAAAAAACACCUACUUGGGGCUCCAUAGAAACAUCAGAUUACCAGAAACGGUGCAUGGCAGCUGAAUCUCUGGAAAUUAAUAUAAAAAACAAGAUGUUCUGUGAACUAUUCCCCGAAUUCGUGGAGGAAAUUGAACAACAGUUGAAGGAGAGACAGGAAGCUAUGUUGCAAGCGGAGGAAGUUCCGGGUAGUGAAAGUGAAGUGAUGACAGAGCAGCAGUCCAACAUGUACUAUAUUAUGACAAAUUUGUUUGUUCUAGUGGGUUUCAUCUUCCUCGCAUAUAUGGUGAAAUACGUCCUAGUCUCUAUAUCCAAUGACUAGACAAUAAAAUAUUGCUAAAUUUUAAUGUAAAUAUUGUAAUUUAUUUUGUAUAUAGGUAAUUAUUCCACUGAAAGUGUAUAAUUAAUUCCUUUGCAUCUGCACAUUCAUGUUCUGUUAGUGCUCUAUCUAUCUCACUGUUGUAAUCAAUUUGGCUGUUAGCUGUUGCUAAUCUAAUAGUGUGCAGUACAUUACUUUUGUUCCUUGUCUAUUUGUUCAGCAACUAUUGUUAACUUUCUAAUUUAAGAUCUCUAAGCUAACAUAAUAUCUCUAUGUUACCUAUUUAUUAAUUGCUUUCAUAGUAUUAUAGAUAGAUGCAACCAUUUAUGAACACAAUUGCACAAAUAUGAAUUAAAUAUGAAUACUGCCAUGUACAUGUGUUCGCGGCCGCAAUUCAUUACAAAGUGGGACAUUUAGCCUGCUGCGAUCACAUAUGGUCUGAUGUUUUCAUGUUGUUGAUUGUUUGUGCAAGUGUGUAACUAUGAUUAUCUAUAAGAUAAUUUCAUUAGUAUCGAAAUUGCAUUUACUAUUCUAUCAGAUCUUUUACUCAGUAUUUACUGUGGCCGUGGAGAAGGAUUGCAGUACUUUCACUGCCAACAGCCUUUUAUUGUUUGAAGCUGGUUUAGACAUUGACAUUUUCAUGCACAACCUAUGUUUCAUAUUUAUCACCGCAUCAAAUAUUUACUUGGGAUCUAAUACCAUGUCAGUGUUAGCAUGGGCGAGUGACUGGUAUUGCCAAAAUUAGCUACAUUGUGGGUUGAAGGCCAGUGAAAACUUGCCAACGAAAUUGUGGAAAUGAUUUAAGUACCUGUGAUGGAAGCACAUUUUGUGCACUGUUUUGCAUAUAAAGUGUAAACUCUAUAUAAUGACACUCAAGGGACUGGACGUUUUUUGACACUAUAGUUUUCAUUAUAAUAUAGAGAAAUUAAUACUAAAGUAAACCAAAUGUAUAAUUAUGAUAUCGUCAGGUGACAAUCAAAACUCACUAAUUACUAAAAAAUAACUAAACAAAAAUCAACUUAACUCUAAUAAUCUAUUCCUCUAAUUAAUUCGUGCACUACCUGUUCUAAAAACUUACUGUUCUUUAUAUCCUUCUAACCUAAGAUUGUCUGGAAGAGAUCGCUUACACCGAUAACACCGCUACCGCCUGUUGCUACCUUUCUUUACAUUGUAAAUCUGUUUUCUUUGUGGUGCAAUAAAGAAUAUUUACUUACUUACUUUAUCUUAGUAUUAAUGUGGUUCAAUAUGGCUAUGAACUUGUUGUGGUAAUUAGUGAGUUUUGCUUGUCAUGUGACAAUAUAAUAUAACCAACAUAUGUUCAGAUAUAUUUUAGGGAGUGAAUUGUUAUAUUAAGUGACAUUAUAUGGAGUUUACACUGUAAUUUGAUAACUUGGCAAAUUAAAUUUGCAAUCCAUACCUUUGCCCAGCGAUGCUACCACGAAACAAGACUUAUUUGUUUAUUUGAUCAUGAUGAAUGGAGAAAUGGUUAUGUGUUGGGUAAUUAGUUUGUUAAAUAACAAUUUAAUUAGUAACGAUGAAUCAAUACAACUAAAUGUAUAAUUUUCAGUUGAAAAUUUGUAGAUAAUAUUGUUUAAUAAAGCAUUGAGUAAAGUGUUGAUAUUUUUCUAUUUUAA